AUGGCCUCUCUCGCAGCGUACAGUGCGCUUUCUGGCCCGGCACCGCGCCGUGGUUGGGCGCAGCAGCCGCCCGCAGAGGCACGCUCGUCUUCUCGAAGGCCUCACUGCCCGCCAUGCAGGGCUCUCAUCGGGAGGCCCGGCCAGGACGCCGCCCACGAUGUCAGCCCCGAGGCUGCGCCGGAAAACAAGCGCGAAGCGGCCGUCGGGGCCGCGGCCGCAGGGGUCGCUGCUGUGCUCACCGCCACGACCGCCUCUCCGGCGGUGGCGGCCGGCAGGGAGGCCAGACGGCUCUACGACCACGACCUCGCGCGAGCCAAGGCCAAGGGCGAGACGAAAGCCUCUGCGCGGCGCAAAACCACCCACAAGCCCGCAGCGAGGGCGAAGGCGAAGACGCACGCCACCCGGUCGCAUCUCGAGACGCCGGCCGCGCCCCCGGCGACCAAGCCGCUGACGCUGGCGCCCCAGCGCGCGGCGCAGACGAGCGCCGUCACGGAGGGCAGCAUGCGCGUCUCCAAGUGGGACGUUCCGGAGACGCGGGCGGCGAAAGGCACGGCGACGCUGCCGGGAAUGCGCCCGCCGGCGCCGCCGCGGCGCUCCGUGGGCGGCGGCGUCGGCGCCGGCGCGGAGUGGCUCGGCUGGACCGCGGCGGGCGCGGCGCUGCUGCUCGUGGCGUGGGUCUCGGGCGGCGCGCGGGUCCCCGCAUGGCUGGCGGGGAUUCUCGGGAAGACUGACGGGCGGCGCGGGGGGCGGUGGGUGCGGGACCGCUCGCUGGGGGGCAAGAUCGUGUGGAUCGAGGACCGCCCUGCGAGGGACGGGCGCGGCAACGGCGCCGUGCUCGGCGGGAUGUUCUCGGAGGAGGACGAGCAGGAGGCGCGGCGCUUGCGACAGAGGGCUGCAGGGUCCUCAAUGCAGGCCGCGAGGCCGCAGGCCGCCCCCAAGAAGCUGCCGGCGUGGUGGGUGGAGCCUGCGAGCUUCGACCCGGCGAAUUCGGCGCUCGACGAGACCGGCCGCGAAGAGGCGCACCGCAAGGCCCGGGCGGCGCUGCGCGCUCUGGAAGACGGGAAGUCGCGCGGCGUGGACUUUUCGCUGCCGGCGUUGCUGGAGAUCAGGUACCUCGUGGCGAGGGCGCAGCGGCCCGUCACGCCCGCGACGCCCGGCGGCCGCGACGCGAUCUUCCGGUUCCUCGGCGACGAGGCCGCGCUGGCCGCCGCGGCCGGCCGCCGCGCUAACAUCGGCGGCGAGGACUUCGCCGACUUCAUCACCGGUGCCGCGCGGGACUUCAACGUGCCUGCGGAGACAGCCGCGCGCAUCGCGACCGCGUGCAUCGCGAAGCGCCACCGGUCGCUCCUCGUCCAGGCCUGCGCCGCAGUGCGCGCGCGUGAUAUCCCCCUAGCGCGUGACGCCGCUGCGUCGCUCGGGCGGCUCGUGCGCGGGCUGCCGCUCGAGUUCGGCGGCGCGGAGGGCGACCUGAUCGCGCACGGGAUGCGGGACAGCCCGAACAGGGAGCGGGAGCAGGUGGCGGAGCUGGUGGAGGCCGCGGGGCUGUUGGAGGACUCUGAGCUGCUCCUCGUGGAGUGGACGCUGGCGCUGCGGUCGGCAGAGUCGUGA